ACGGGCAGCGGAGCUCCGCACGCGCCGCUCCUACUCACCGAGCCGCCGGUUAACGUCAAACUGCAGUUCCUGACGGAGCUCGUGCUAACGGCACCUUCCGGUCUGUUUUCACUCGCCGGUCAGUCCCGUUAUGGUUCAGUCUCAUUAGUUUCACUCACAACUGUUACAGGUGCGAGUCUUCUACACGUCUACUGACCGUCUACUGACCAGCCAACAACGAGGUCGCUGCGACGCAGGUUUUAUAGUGACGGUGUUGAUUAGCGCCUCCGUGUGGCGAGAGGAGUGAACAACGGAAACAAAGAUCGUAGAUGGAUGUACAGAUGUAUCACACCCUCUUAUAGCUACAGGCCACGUGACUCAGAUCACGUGUGACACGCUCCUCGUCAGUUUGUUUCUCAGUGAAGACGGAAGUGAGUGGGAGUGAACCAUCUCAUCGCAAAGAGUAAAUCCGCCGUGAACCGGAAGUAGAAUCGUCGGAACGAGGUCGUUUCAUCCGCCAACAACGUGUUUGAAGAGAAACCAGCGAACAGAACCCAUAGCCAUGACGUCAUUGGCCCACCAGCUGAAGAGGCUGGCACUGCCUCAGAGCGAUGCCGCCUUGCUGACCCGCAAAGACAUCGCCUCGCUGCUCUUCGACCCCAAAGAUGCCGCUUCCAUGGAUAGAAGCACCUUUUACGCCCUCGGCUGCACAGGAUUGGAGGAGCUGCUGGGAAUCGAACCGGCGUUCCAGGAGUUCCAGGACACUCUGUUCAGCCGGGCCUCGCUGACACUGGAGCGCAGCGUCCAGUCCAAAGAGGUCAACGAGAAGCUGGAUGCCGGCAUCUCGCUCUUCCUCGUCCGCCUCUCCCCAUACUUCCUCCUCAAACCAGCUCACAAGUGCAUUGAGUGGCUGGUCCACCGCUUCCACGUGCAGCUGUACAACGUCGACAGCCUGCUGGCGUGCGCACUGCCGUACCACGACACCAACGUGUUCGUCCGAGUCCUGCAGCUGCUCCGGAUCAAAGACCCCACCAACCGCUGGAACUGGCUGCACUGCCUGCAGAAACCAGGUGUGCCGCUGUCCAGAGGAGCUCUGAUCGCUCACUGCUACUCAGACCUGAGCUUUAUGGACUUCGUCUGCACUAUGGUGACCAAGUCCGUCCAGGCGUACUCGGGACACUCUGGAAGUUGCUCCCAGCUCAGGGUCAUCUUCUCCUUCUACGCCUCCACCAUUGUCCCGGCUCUGGACGCCGUGGACAAAGUGUCGGACACCAUCAUUUCCAAGUUGCUGCCGUUCGUCCAGCAGGGCUUUAAGUCGCCGCUGAGCGACUACAAGGCUGCGACCUACAUGAUCGUGUGCCAGCUGGCGGUGAAGGUGGUGAUGGAGGCGAGUCUGGUCAACAGCCUCGCCACUCACAUCAGCAAGUCUCUGGUCAAGGAGCCAGUUCUGGCCCAGGAGGGUCUGGGCUGCCUCAUCGUGCUGCUGCAGAACCAGAGGGGCGGAGCCUGCGGAGCCAGAGCGUUCAGCCAGCUGUGCUCGAUGCCAGAGCUGGUCUCCACGCUGCAGGUCAUCGCGGCGGCUCAUGAUGUCACUCCUCUGCUGCGUCACCUGCUGCCUCAUCUGAUCUGCCAGGUGUUCGCCGGCAGCUCAGGUGAGAACAGGGACCUCGGGUCACGUGACGUCCCCACGGAGCCGGACGAGCUCGCUGUCCUGGAGUCGGUCCUGAAGGCGGUGCCUCUCCCAACGGGCCUGGACCAAACCGUGGCUCGUUUGCUGCUGGACGAGUAUCUGAGUCAGACCGAGCUCUCGGCCGAAAACCUCUCCACCCUCGACCAGCGUCUGCUGCCUCUGGUCCGACUGUUUGAGUCCAGAUACUGCGGCGCACUCGACGGCGUCCUCGCAGGUCACGUGACCGACCUCCGCAGCCCCGAGCAGAAACAUCUGUUCCACCAGUUUCUUUCUCUGUCACUGAGCAGUGGAAAGUACCAGAUUCUGGGCGACUCGGACACGUCGCUGCUCCUCAGUCUGAAACACCCGCAGCCGUCGGUGCGAGUCUCGGCCGUGAAUCACCUGAUGAGCCUCGUCACGUCUGGACAGAGUCUGGACGAGGUCUUCCUGAAGGACGCAGUCAUGGAUCGCGUGAAGGACGACGUGCCAGAGGUGGUGGCCGCUGCCCUUGGGAUGGUGGAGGUGAUGUUCGACCGUUUCGACCCUGAAGACGUUGCGUCCUGUUUACUGUCGCUGCUGCUCAGAGUCGACCUGUCGGUGGCUGAGCACUGGCUGCCGGUGAUGACGCAGGCGGUGUGUUUACUGUCUGACCCUCGGCUGGGAAAGGGCGACGCCGAGCAGCAGCAGAGGACGGGCUGGAGGCUGCUGCCCUUCCUGGUGAUCGGCGGCGUGCGGCCGGACUCGGCCCAGCGCCGCCUCGCCGCCUGCGUCGCCCGCUCCCCUGUCCUCGCCCAGCACCCGCUCACCUUCAACUGGGCCGAAGAGAUGGACGAGCUGACGAAGAGACACUCCGAACACGGAUUCGUCGGUUUGGCCAACGAGCGUCUGGCCUCCACGUUGACCAGGAACCUGGCGAACAUGGAACAUUUCUCCAGACGCGACGCCGUGGAGAAGCUGCUUGUCCUGGUGGAGGAGCAGCGGAGCUCCGGCCCGAGGACCAGGACGUCCUUCCUGGUUCUGACUCGGACGCUGCUGCUCGGCCUGGGGGGGCUGAGCGAGACCCAGCACCUGCUCUACGCCCAGAGGCUCUUCGCGCUGCUGGAACGCCCCCUGUUGGAGGUUGUCGCCGGGGACGACCAUGUCCAGGAAGUGGAGCGUCCCGUGUCCUUCUGCGACACCCUGACGGUCUACCUGAGCAGGUGUGAGCGGCGGGCGGGCGAGCGGCUUGACGCCGAGUUCGGUUUCGUUCUCUUUGCUCUGCUCGGAGACUUUGUCUCGUCGCUGCGAUGUCACGACGCCUCCUUCAAAGGUGAGAUGUGGUGGAACCCGGAGAAGAUGGACACCAACACCUGCUGCUACCUGGGACUCGUCUGCCGCCUCUUCAGCGUCGCCAUCAGCGGCGCCGGAGACGGGCCGGCAGCGAGCAGCUUCAGAGAGCUGAUGAAACUCCUCGUGCAGGUCCACCUCGGCGAGCCUGUGACGCUCUUCAGGUUCCUGUGCAUGCUGUGGGGAUACGGCAGUAACCAUGGCGACCAGCUGGACGUGAAGGUCGGCGCCGUCCUGCAGACUCGGGCCCUUUACAUGGGCCAGGCCGUGUUGAGCGUCCAGCCUGCCGCCACGCUGCAGGAGCUGGCUUCCACCAACUCGCCUGUCGUCCCGUCCUUGCUGUGCUGUCUCACCUCUCCGGUCCGUGAGGUACGGAGGGCGGCACUCGCUGCUCUGCAGAGCCUAUCGGGAGCCAACGCCUCUCCCUUCCAGCCAAUCACAGAGAAGCUGCUGAAGACGUCGGAGGAGAUCGUGGCUGACUCUGCCUACCUGAGCUCCGCUCUCUCUGUGCUGCACGAGGACAGUUCGUCCCGUGAGGUGAAGGCGUCGAUGCAGCAGCUGCUGCGGAGCGUUCAGACGCCGUGCUGCCCGUCGUACAGCGCCGCCGUGCUGCUGCGGGCGCUGAGCCUAGUCAACGGACAGUCCGUCCUCACCGCACUGCUUCCUGUCCUGGACCGGCUGCUGGAGCAGAGCGGCCCCGACACCCCCGCCCUGCUGCGCUCCGAGGCCCAGCUCGUGCAGCUUGUCCUGGGGAAGUUCAACGACGCGUCAGCCCCCCUGCUGGCCGAGGACCAGAACUGUCUGCACCUGUUCGUCCGGGCCUUGAAGACGUCGACCCAGACGCACCCCGACGUCCGCUGCUCCCAGAUCAUUGCCCUGGAGCAGAUGACCCGGUCGUUCUUCUCGGCGGUGGGAGAUGAGCAGGUCCAGCAGCAGCUGUUGACAGUGAUGUUCGAUGUUCUGCUGGAGAGCAGGAGUCCGCUGGCGUCCAGCAGCGUCAGCAGUGUCUUCAAGGGGAUGGCGGUGGACGCUCAGCUGGUGGCCAAUGAGCUGUCCCCACCACAGAGACCCAGAGUCAGUGUGACGGUGCAGCAGACUCGCAGGAGUAAAACGACUCAGAGGAAACCUGCAGAGGGCGAGCCGUGUCCAGAGGGGGGCGCUGUGCCGUGGCAGAGGGUCACACUGAUCCUGGAGCUGCUGCAGCACAAGAAGAAGCUGAAGCGAGCUCAGGCGCUGGUACCCGUCCUGUUCUCGCUGCUCUCCAGGAGUCUGGAGCCGUGUGCAGGAGAACACGCCAACAUGGAAUACACCAAGCAGCUGCUGCUCAGCUGUCUACUCAACGUCUGCAACAGGCUGACGGCCGAGGGCGGAGCCAAGGGAUCCGACGUCCUGGACGAGGAGAAGUUCAGUGUGGAGCUGGUGGUUCAGGUCAUCCGAGCGUCCGACACGCCUCAGACUCACCACCACGCCCUGCUGCUGCUCGGCGCCGUCGCCUCCAUCUUCCCUGACAAAGUCCUGCACAACAUCAUGCCCAUCUUCACCUUCAUGGGCGCAAACAUCCUGCGUCUGGACGACGCCUACAGCUUCAGGGUCAUCGACAAGACUGUUCAGAUGGUGAUCCCUGCGCUGCUCCAGGCCCACCAGCUCCCCGACGGCGAGUCGUCAGCUUGUGUGCUCGCCGUGGUGACGAGGAUCAUGCACGUGUUUGCCGACGCGCUGCCUCACGUGCCGGACCACCGGCGGCUGCCCGUCCUCACUCAGCUGGUGACCACGCUUGGCCCCGCCCGCUUCCUCUGGGUCCUAAUGCUCCUCCUGUUCAAGCUGCAUGCCGAACAGACCGCCAGUUCUGUGAGCGACAAGGAGGCGUGUGUGGACGUGGACUUCUGGAUCUCUGUGUGUUGUCAGUUUGACGUCAGCGAUCAGCUCGUCUCGCUCGUCCACAUCCUGAACUUCCUGCAGCAGCUGCCACAUGACAAACUGUCCGCUCCGGUGAAGAGGGCGUCGAGGACGAAGCAGCAGCAGGAGGAAGACGAGGAGGAGCUGAUUUUCAGUGUGGAAACUCACAGCAGCAAAGAGCUGCGACACUUCAAGUUCCUGUGCGUCUCCUUCAUGGCUCAGCUGCUCGGCUCUGCCCACUUCAUCAGCAAGGUCGCCGAUGGCGGCGGCGACGACGACGAUGAGUCUCUCCAGCGGCUGCAGCAGAGGCUGCUGGAGGAGAACCUGCGUUACAUCCACAGCGUCGCUCGCUGUGUGGAGGAGAACGCUGACAAGCCCACCGCCAAGUUCUGGAGAGUUCUGCUCAACAAGUCCUACGACGUCCUGGACAAGGUCAACGCUUUGUUGCCCACGGAUACCUUCAUCACGGUGAUGAGGGGGCUGAUGGGAAACCAGCUGGCGUCCGUCAGGAGGAAAGCGAUGGAGCUGCUGAACAACAAGCUGCAGCACCGGACGCAGUGGGAGGAGCCACAGGUCACCAUGUUCCUUCAGCUGACUGGAGACCUGCUGAGCAUCGUGGGUAAAGGUCACAUGGUGAUGCAGGAGGAAGAGGCAGAUCACGCCAUCAACCGGCAGACAGCGCUCUACAGCCUCAAACUGCUCUGUCGCACUUUUGGCUCCGACCACCAGGAGGCGUUCAUCCCCGUCCUGCAGCAGACGGUGGAGAUCGUCGCCUCCGCAGAGGAAGAGAAGAACGUGACGGGCAGUGCUCUGCUCUGCGUUGCCGAGGUGGUCAGCACGCUCAAGGCCCUAGCCAUCCCGCAGUUACCCCGGCUGAUGCCGGCGGUGCUGCUCACACUGACAGACAGGAAGGAGCUGCUUACCAAUGAGAUAUAUCUGCUGAGCGCCGUCACCGCCCUGCAGAGAGUCACAGAGACGCUGCCACACUUCAUCAGCCCGUACCUGCAGGACGUCACACUGCAGGUGUGUCGUCUGACUCGGCUGGUGGAGUCUUCCUCCUCUUCCUCCUCCUCCUCUUCUUCAGCUCAGCUAGCUCUGCGUCUGGCCGCCCUCAGGAGCUCCCUCGCCACCCAGCUGCCCCCCAGGGUCCUGCUGCCCACCAUCUCCAAGUGCUACAGCAACAUGGUCGUCGAUAAGAAGGCGCAGCUGGUGGCGCUGAUGAGCAUCCUGAAGGAACACAUCACCCACAUGGAGAAAGAUCAGCUGAGCUCCCACCAAUCAGAGCUCAGCACCUUCUUCCUCUGCUCCCUCGACUACCGUUCCAAACACUGUCAGGGCGACCUGGAGAAGACCUCGCAGGUCGAGGGCUGCGUGAUCGACUGUCUGAUCGCCAUGGUGAUGAAACUGUCCGAGGUCACGUUCAGACCGCUCUUCUUCAAGCUCUUUGACUGGAGUAAAUCCGACAGUAACGAGCGUCUGUUGACUUUCUACCGACUGUGCGACUCUGUUGCCGAGCGACUCAAAGGACUGUUCGUCCUGUUCGCAGGAAACCUGGUGAAACCCAUUUCUGAUCUGCUGCGACGAACCAACAGCUGCAGGACCGACGAGCCGCUGUUUGGCGGCUGCGGUGGCGAGGAGAAGAUCGCUCUGCUGCUUCACUGCGUCCUUGACUGUCUGCAGAAGAUCUUCCUUUACGACACGCAGCGUUUCCUCAGUAGAGAGCGAGCUGACGCCCUGAUGAGUCCGCUGGUCGACCAGUUGGAGAACACCUGGGGGGCGGAGCCGUUGUACCAGCAGACAGUGACCCAGCACCUGGUUCCUUGUGUGGCUCAGUUCUCUGUGGCUCUGAACGACGAUGCUCAGUGGAAAACUCUCAACUACCAGAUUCUGAUGAAGACGAGACACAGCGAUGCCAAGGUGCGUUUCUCUUCUCUGCUGAUGCUGCUGGAGUUGGCGUCGAAGUUGAAGGAAAACUACGUGGUGCUGCUUCCAGAGACAAUCCCCUUCCUGGCUGAACUGAUGGAGGACGAGUGUGAGGAGGUGGAGCAGCAGGUUCAGAAGGUCGUUCAGGCGAUGGAGAACAUCCUGGGAGAACCACUGCAGAGCUACUUCUAACACACAUGCGCGCGCGCACACACACACACACACACACACUGAGGCGACUCCUCUGACAUCUUUGAGUUUGUUUGUUUUGAUUUUGUUCUGAAAUAAAUCUGAUGUUUCUGUAACUUCC